GAUGGAACUGUUCCUGGAUACCAUUUCGAUCCGGGGUUUGGAUCAGGUGCCAACAAUUGGCUUGUGGACUUGGAGGGUGGAGCUUGGUGCAACAACGUCCGGACUUGUGUCUAUCGCAAGAAGACUAAUCGCGGUUCCUCAAACUACAUGGAGAAGCAAAUAGAGUUUUCUGCCAAAUUGAGCAAUAAAGUCGAAGAAAAUCCUGACUUCUACAACUGGAACAGAGUUCGCGUACGCUACUGCGACAGUGGAUCCUUUGCUGGAGAGGGCUACGAUGAGGCGAAUGGCCUUUAUUUUCGAGGCCAAAGGAUCUGGACAGUCGUUAUGGAGGAGCUCAUGUCCAAAGGAAUGCGUUCUGCUGAGAAGGCACUUCUUAGUGGCUGUUCAGCUGGAGGCUUAUCGAGUCUAUUACAUUGCGAUCAGUUCCGAGCACUUUUCCCAUCUAGCACGGUGGUCAAGUGCUUUUCUGACGCUGGGUUCUUCCUUGACGCUGUCGAUGUAUCUGGUGGUCGCUCACUAAGAUCUGUGUUCCAAGGAGUGGUGUCUAUUCAGGGGGUGACCAAGAACUUGCCUGCUUCCUGUACAUCGAGAAUGGAAGCCUCUUUGUGCUUCUUUCCACAGAACAUUGUGGAUGACAUCAAGACUCCAACUUUCAUUCUGAAUGCAGCAUACGACGUGUGGCAGAUUCAAGAAAGCUUAGCUCCCAAGAAUGCAGACCCACAAGGUUACUGGAAAGACUGUAAGUUCAACCAUUCCAAGUGCAAUGCAAGCCAAAUCCAGUUCUUGCAAGGAUUCAGGGAUGAAAUGGUUAAUGACCUGCAAGGAUUCUCUGCAAUAAAACAGAGUGGAUUGUUCAUAAAUUCAUGUUUCGACCACUGCCAAUCAGAGAGACAGGAAAGGUGGCUGGGAGACAAUUCACCUGCUAUUGGAAACAAGGGAAUUGCAAAAUCGGUGGGCGACUGGUACUUUGAACGAUCGGAAGUGAAGGCCAUAGAUUGCCCAUACCCUUGUGAUAACACUUGCCAUCAUCUGUUUUAACUGGAGAUCACAGCUACAAGAUUGUGUUGGGAAAUUGGUUUAUGUAAUCAA